CCUUCCCACGUACAGGGGCUGGAAAGAUGCGCGAGCGACCGACGCCCGGCGCGGGUGGAAAACUGAGGGACCCUGCGUUUGGUACCAGAAACCAGCAGCGUCGCGGGUGUCCGUCGAACGCAGGGACGUGUCGCAGUCGUCCUCGUCCUCGUCCUCGUCCCCGUCGCCGCCGUCUUCCUCGGUCAGCAGCCUAUACAACGAGCCCUCCGUCGAAACCUGGACUCUUCACCGAGACCCUCCAUCCACCCGCGACGUCCAGCGAGGCGUCAGGUUCAGUCUCGAAUCGUCGCAUUUCACCCUAUCGAAGGGUAGCCAACAAGCCCCGGUGCAUCGGGCCGAGACGGCAGAAAUGGAAGUCGAGAUGAUGCAGGCACGUGGACGUUAGCGCGAUUAUGCUCCGUAUUAUGCCGCCAGAGGAUGUCCAAAAAUACGCCCACAUAAAGCGAAAGAGCGUAGCCUUUCUGUCGAGUUUGUUUAGGACGAAAAAGUUUGCCUCGUCAGGAAUGCGAAUCGAGGACGAAGAAAUGGAGCGCGCUCCGCGGAUCGAGACACAAGCCGUGAUUUCGACCGCUUAUCGAAACGACAACAACGUAGCGCGUAUCCCGUCGACGCUGAGCGUCGCUGCUGCCGCUGACGUAGUUGUAGCCUGCCAACCCCACCCCUCACCCUCGCACUCUACGCUGACCUUGACUCCGGGAAGGACCAGAAACAUUGACCAAGACAUGGAGGCGCUCCGGCUCAGUCGUCAGGAUAAUCCAUUUUUGCAGGUCCUGGCGAGUCGAGAGAGCCUUGUGGAGUCGAUCGAGGAGUCAGAAUCCGACGACGCGAUCCUGAUGUCUCAGGAACUCGGAGACGCGGAUCCGCUGACCCUCGCCCAAGUCCACGAACACCUUGUGCGAAGUCCACCGCCGGCUACAUGGCCACACAACCCGAUAUUCCAUUUCCCUCACCACAACAACCAGAUCACCGAACACGGCAGUCAGGUCAGACUGCAGAACGAUCAGCCUCAGGAUCACAAUCGGACGCGACACUUCCUCGUCGGCAAGGGACAACCCAAGAGUCCUAGUUUCCGAGGCGCCGACAGCGUUGUCGAACUCUCCAGGAGCGAACCUUCCACCGAUACGAGAGAUCGUCACUCGCAUCCGUUUUCCUUGCUGAAUCCAACGCCGAUACGAUCUCUGUCGGAGGUGAGACGCCUGCACAGAUCAGCGGACGACAACGUCCAGCUGAUGUCCUCGGAGUAGACGAGGAUUCGGAUGAUCCGCGUGGGCGCGGAUCCGAGGAACCCUUUUUAUUCAACCCGUUUGGCUCCGGCUUUGAACUGCACAGAGGGCGACGAUUUAUCUACGGAAAGAAGAUAAGAUAAUGCCGGCGAUUGUUCUCGCCGUUGCGUCUCUGCAACCGCGGAUGAUGUAGCCAAACGUUACACUUGAGCCUUGGAUUAUAUUUUACGGAUAUUUUGUUGCGUGCUACUGUAUUUGUGCGGUGACUAUAAUAUUGUAACCGAUCCGAGUAUCUUACCUGGUCAUAAAUCGUAUAGUCGUGAUCACACAACGGCGCAAGAGUUUCGCUCGAAUUUACUUAUAUUAAACAUCGCCGCCUGACGAUUAUCAUGACGAUAAUCAUGAUUAUUAUGAUCGCUAAAAUUUUACUCGAUGUUUCAUCACUUUUAACGACCUAUUAUAUCCAUGCUAAUCAAGACCGAAUUAUAGACAAGUGGAAACUGCUGGCAGUGAAAUAUGAGUAUAUAACGAAUUUAAUUUAUAUAUGUGUAUGAAAUGAGAAAUUUAGUCUUAUGUAGUUUUCAUCAAUUUUUACAUUUCUUUAUAUAUAUUUGAUAUUUCUUUUAGUUUCUUUACGUUGGUCACCUAGUUCUUUAGGUACUUGAUACAUUUCCACAUAUACACAGAAUUUUCGAUGCGUAUAAAAGUAACGUGUCUGUAUAGUGAAUAUAUAUAUACAUACAUAUAUAUAUAUAUAUUCCCAGACACGUUACUUUAUAAUUUACAUUUACGUUACAUAUAUAUAUAUAUGUAUAGUACACAAGAAUAAAUUAAGCGUGGGUUGCCUUUUCGCUUGGAUGUAUAACGUGUUACGUAAUAUAGGAUAUUAGAGUAAGUUUUUAGAAAGUUUUAGCAUGUUUUUGCGAACGAUAGGCCUGAUUCACCAGUUUCCUGCUAUUUAAUCGCCGACUUACCGCCGUUUAACAUAAGUAAUGAAUAUCGUUAUUAAUAGACAUAGCGUAAAUCGUCCCUAAUCGUCUCGAAUAGUAUUAAUCCAACAUACGCAGUAUCUUUUAUCGAGCCGUCGUGUCAACGCGCUUCAGGAUAAAUAUUUUUACACUCAUCACCCGCGUGCAUUGAUCGAGUGUGUAGUUAAAAUUCCCAUACUUCAACACUGAGUACGCAAUGUUGGAAAAAAUUAAGAUUGCAGAUCAAUCUUUGGUUCAAAGAAGUUUAAAACAAGUGAAAUAUGUAGCGUGAAAGGAAUUAAGUGAUUCUGUCCAACAAUUUCUGUAACUUGUACGGUAUACAUGACUAGGUGCAACGAGAAGAAAUAUUACAUUUAUUUACUUAAAUUGCGUCGGAUUUGUCCGCGACGAAUGUGUGUUUCUACACUUCAUCAGCAUGGAACUAAGGGCAGCAAUUUUUCUAAAGCGUUAAUAGAUCGUAUCUAUUGAUAAUAUAGAUGUGACAAAAUUACAUUUCGGCGCCGUUGACGCGUACUGAACACAAGCGUUGAAAAUCUCUCAUCUAUCUACGCACAGAUAUCCUGUCGAAAAUUUAAUCAUGAUACAAAUUUUGAACUUACGGGUACAACAUGUAAACCUGCAUACCCAAAAUAUCCCUAUGCGUGAAAAUAUUACAAUAGUUACAUAUUAUAGGUUUUUCACUCGAUGAAUGAAUUAUUACUUUAGACUUCCGCAUCGCUAUCAGUAUCAUACAAAUAUAUACAUGAUACAAUUAUACACACAGUUAGUUACUAUAAUGCUAAGUGACAACGUUACACAAUUGAAUAUGGCUAAUUGCCGUGAUACCUGUUUGAAGAUUAGCACGCGUUUCACAAGCUGUCGGGCAAUUGGCGUUUGUGUUUCAUUCAAUGAUUCACUCUACCGAAUACAUGUAUUCGCUCGUUCGCCUGUUCAUUGCAUUGCGAUCUGAGCGAAUUUUACCCUUACAGUUAGUCAAUACCUGUAUCGGUUGAUCGAUAAAUUAAAUAAAUUAAGCCAUACUCCAGCUGCACAUUUCUCGCGUUGCUGUCGCAGAAUUUGCAUUCCAUAACUGCUGGUCAGUGUUUCAUUAUUUGCAAAACGCCAGCUCGCGAGUAUUGCAGGAUAGCAAAUAUACUAUAAUAAUAUGUCUACAUUGUGUAUGAGGGUUUUUGAAGAAAAAUUGUGCAUCGUCAGCUCGAGGGGUUGAUUGUUUCUUGAUGAACGGCCUCUCGCCGAAUUUCGUGGUAUUUUCACAAAAUUCCUGAGUGAAAUUAAACCAAAUAUUUUUUAAACUUCAUUACUCUACUCGUUGUACAAAUCUGUGUGAUCAGUUUUCAGAACAGUGCGAUUCACCCCUUGAGCAAAUGAUUUAUACAUACCUUGUAUGUAGACAAAUGAUAUCUACAGUUAUAAAUUAGCGACCAAGUUAAAUAUUGGCCAAUGAGAAUUGAGAUUAAUUAUAAAUAGAUAUAUUAGGAAUGAAUUUAUAAUUAGAAGAGGAAAAACUUUAUCGAAAAUUUAUAAGUAUGCGUUUGUUUCUGAAUUUUGAUAACCGUAUCCGUCUAGCGUGCCGAGUAAUUCUUAUUCCUUCUAAUCACUUCAUACAACGGAUUAUUCCAUACUGUGAGCACACGCAGUGCCUGAUUGGAAGAAAUCAAAAGUACGAAGCACUGGACCUCUGAGCAAGUCACAUAAUCCUGACGGUCGUUCGUAAUUUCCGGUGCACUUCAAUGAAUGAAUUUUUUUAACGCGGUUUAAAUCAAAUGCAAUAUUGGUGCGCCUCCUUGAAAUAUUAUACCGCGGAAUUGAAUACUGUACGUAUAUGAAAGUUGAUCAUUGAUUCAACUCAGAAAUAAAACAUGAAGUGAAAUUGAAGGCCUCUAAUGUGUAUGGUUACAUUUUACUUAAUACGGGUAAAAACGUUGCACAAAGUGUGAAAGAGGUAGAAAUAAAGGAAAAGUAAUAUUAGUAUGUUCGAGUUAGAGAUGUUCAAACCUUCGCUUUAUCCGCGCAUUACACUAAAACUAAUAAGGUAACAGUGUGUGGAACUGAGAAAUAUAUUGUAUUUUAUAAAUCACGCUGUAACGUAUGUCAAAGUAAAUUACACACUCUCCCCCGAAGCGUCUAGUUGCACCGAUGAUGUGACUCGCCAAGUAAAUUACUUACCAUGUAGACUGGUCAGAUGACUUCUAAAUGGAACUACAUACCGAUAAGUAUGUAUAGCAUUAAAAAAACAUGCCAAUUCCUUUUACGCAUUAUGACGAGAUUCAAUUCUGGGUGAUGUGAAUGUCGUUUUAUGUAGAAAUGAAUAUACAUAUAUUUCCGUUAUCGUAAAAACAAUACCAUCUUUUCGUCUCACCCGAACCAUAUCUAUAAUUUUUUGAAAAACUUUUAAAUGCUAUUUCAAAGCGUUACAUAUCCGACAAUUUGAAGAAUACCGGAACCGUUGACUGAAAUUAUAAAACUCACAACGCUGGGUUAUUUUUCGUAACUCCUUGCCAGGUCUGUCCGGGUUUGGGGGUAGGUAUUAGCAGUUUCACGUAUUAUCAACCAAGUAAGUGACCGUGCAGAUGAAAAAAGUUCUCCAUAACCAGCAACUAUCGCGUACAAAACGUUGGUCACGUAGCGUCGUCACUGUGAAAUUGGAAAGUUGAGGAAAUCAUGCACCAGAAAUAUGUACGCAGGAAUUAUACAACGGAAAAAUAAAUGUCCAUCAAUUACAUGAA